ACUUCAUUAGCAUGGAGGGGGGGGGCAACAGGCGCACGCGCGCGAGCACGAGGGCCUCACGUGGACGCCGGUAUAAAACAGAAGCGCCAGGUUCAGACAAAAGUCUACGUAAAGAGGAUUUGCUGUGAGAGGAGCACGAGGAGAGCAUCCAGAAUGAAUAGAGCCACUAGAACCCACAUGAAUUCAUCCAUGUACUUCCCCAGCAUGGGUACAGCCCCCUUCUUUAAGGUGACUGUGUUCGAGCGGGAGUACUUCCAGGGCAAGUGUAUGGAGUUCACCUCCGAGUGCUGCAACAUCCAUGACUGCGGCAUGGACAACAUCCGCUCCAUCCGAGUGGAGAGUGGAGCUUGGGUUGGUUUCGAGCACCAUGACUUCCAGGGCCAGCAGUUCAUCCUGGAGAGGGGCGAGUACCCCAACUGGGACGCCUACAGCGGCUCUCUGUCCUACCACACUGAGCGCUUCAUGUCCUUCCGCCCCAUCUACUGCGCCUCUCACCACAGCAGCCGUAUGAUGAUCUUUGAGAGGGAGAACUUCAUGGGCCGCUGCACCGAGAUGUGCGACGACUAUCCUUCCCUGCAGGCCAUGGGCUGGUUCAGGCCCGAGGUGGGCUCCAUGCACGUGCAGUGUGGAGCCUUUGUGUGCUACGAGUACCCCGGCUACAGAGGCCAGCAGUACAUCAUGGAGUGUGAGAGACACAGCGGAGACUACCAGCACUGGAAGAACUGGGGCUCCCACUGCCAGACUCCCAAGAUCCAGUCCAUCAGACGCAUCAGGCACUGAGAAGAAACGGAUCAGGACGGGCAACAGCAUCAGCUCAGGCUCAUCACCUGAACACUGUGCUUCAGUGUGGCCUGACUAUGAGUCCAAAGCCUGAACUUUAGGUUUGGUUCAGAGUUUAGGGCUUCACUUGUCAGGACCACAACUACAACACAAACCAUCAGUGAUGUAGCAGCUACCUCUUAAUCUCAGCUCAUAUUCAUAUUUCUGUGAAUACUCAUUUUGUAUUAGUACAAGUGAAAUAAAGAUUGAGAACCUGCAA